AUAAAGACCUGGCUCUGCCUCCCCGUCUUCCUCAAACCUAACUGUGGUCGCGAUGUACCACAGGUUCAAAAUGGCAAACGACUGGCUGCUCUGGCUGACACUUUCAGCAGCGUUUGCAUCUUCUUUUAGCGGCCAAAGCCCCGUUCACAAUGGCCAGGUUUGCAGUACUUGGGGCAACUUCCACUUCAAGACAUUCGAUGGGGACCUCUUUCAGUUGCCCUCAAGCUGCAACUAUGUCCUGACGUCUCUGUGCGGUAGCAGCUUCCAGGACUUCAACAUCCAGAUGAGGAGGCAGCUGGUCGAUGGAACGCCCACCAUCAGCAGUGUGGUCAUGAAGCUGGACGGCAUGGCGGUGGAGCUAUCCAAGGGCUCCGUAGUCAUCAAUGGCGAGACCGCAAUUUUGCCAUUCAGCCAAUCAGGAGUCCUCAUUGAGAGAACGACCACCCACAUCAAAAUCAAAGCAAAGUUGGGACUGAGUGCCAUCUGGAAUGGGGAAGAUUCCUUCCUGGUCGAACUAGACACAAAGUACAAGAAUCAUACUUGUGGUCUUUGUGGAGACUUCAACGGUAUGCACGAUGAGUUCUACAGCCAUGCUAUCAAGAUUUCCCCUCUCGAGUAUGCAAGCUUCUGGCAAAUGAACGGCCCAACAGAGACCUGCAAUGACUAUGAACUGGUUCCCGUGGAUAAAUGCACUAACAUGAGCUCUCUCUGCGAGCAGAUAUUCGCAGGGCCAGCCUUCACCAGCUGCCAGGGUCUGAUAGAUGUGGCCUCGCUCGCCAGUGCCUGUGUGGCUGAUAUCUGUCACUGCAGCAGCAGCACUACCAACACCAGCACAGAGAGCAAGCCCAACUCCCUGUGCCUCUGCAACACACUCUCUGAGUUCUCUAGACAGUGUGUUCAUGCCGGCGGAAAACCAAACCAGUGGAGGACCCUGGAGUUCUGCUGGAAGACUUGUCCCUUCAACAUGGAGUACCACGAGUGUGGAAGUCCCUGCGCUAACACAUGCAGCAACCCGGAUGCCAGCCAGACCUGUGACAGCCAUUGUACCGAUGGAUGCUUCUGCCCAGAAGGCAUGGUUGUGGACGACGUAACCAACCAAGGUUGUGUUCCACUGAAAAGCUGCCCAUGCAGCUACAACGGCAAGACCUACAUGCCUGGGGAGUCCUACCCCAGCAACUGCAAGACAUGUACGUGUCAUGGAGGCGGACAGUGGGACUGUAAAGACGGGGAGUGUCCGGGGACAUGCUCUGUAGAAGGAGGGUCUCACAUUAACACCUUCGAUGACAAGGUCUACACCUUCCAUGGAGAUUGCUCCUAUGUUCUGGCCAAGGACUGCAAAGGAAACCAGUUUCAGAUCCAGGCAGACCUGGCGCAGUGUGGACUGACUGAUAGUGAGACCUGUUUGCAGUCUGUCACCAUAGCCCUCACCGCCGAGAAAACAGUCAUCAGUAUCCAGCCCAGUGGCAAGGUGUACGUUAAUGGCAUCUACUCUCAGCUGCCUUUCUCUGCUGCUGGGAUAUAUGCCUUCAGGGCAUCUUCAUUCUUCUUGCUGGUUCACACCUCAUCUGGCCUGCAGCUGGAGGUCCAGCUUCAGCCCAUCAUGCAGCUCUACAUCACUGUCAACAAUGCAUACCAGGGCAAAACCUGUGGUCUGUGUGGAAACUUCAACAAGAACCAGGCAGAUGACUUCCUUAAGCUGAGCGGCGUGGUGGAUGCCACGCCUGUGGGCUUCGCCAACAGCUGGAAGACGCACGCAAGCUGCCUCGACAUUAAAAGCAAAUUUGAGGACCCAUGCAGUCUCAGUCUAGAAAAUGAAAAGUAUGCCAAGCAUUGGUGCACUCUGCUGACCGACCCUAGCGGUGUGUUCGCGCCGUGUCAUCCUGAGCUCAGCCCUGAAACCUACAGAUAUAACUGCAUGUAUGACAGCUGCAACUGUGAGAACAGCGAGGCCUGCAUGUGCGCUGCCAUCUCCUCCUACGUGCACGCGUGUGCUGCAGCGGGCAUCCAACUCCCAGACUGGAGAAACGGUGUAUGUGGCAAGUAUGCCACCACCUGUAGGGCCAGCUUGGUCUACAGCUAUGACAUCACUCAGCAAAGCCGCACGUGUCGUUGCCUCAGCCAGGCUGACCCCACCUGCCAUCUGACCUUCUCCUCUGUGGAUGGUUGUACUUGCGCGGAGGGCUUGUACCUGGAUGACACAGGAAAGUGUGUGACUGCUGAUGGCUGUCCAUGUUACGACAAGGACUCUGUGGUGCUGCCCGGGAAGGUUAUCAACAAGGACGGCGUUGUGUGUUCCUGUAAAGGGGGCAAACUCAGCUGCAUUGGACAGCUUUACCAAAUGCCAACUUGCGUGGCCCCAAUGGUGUUCUUCAACUGCUCCACGGCGGGCCCUGGGGCCAAGGGAACCGAAUGCCAGAAGAGCUGUGCCACUCUGGACAUGGCCUGUGUGAGCACACAGUGCAUUUCUGGCUGCGUGUGUCCAGAGGGGAUGGUGUCUGACGGUAAAGGAGAGUGCAUCCCAGUGGAGUCCUGUCCCUGUGUUCACAACAGCGCCACAUACCAGCCAGGAGAUAGCAUUAAGAUUGACUGUAACACAUGCACAUGCAAGCAGAGGUCAUGGCAGUGCAGUAAUAACCUGUGCUAUGGCAGAUGUUCUGUCUACGGAGAUGGCCACUUCAUCACUUUCGAUGAGAAGAGCUUCAACUUUGAUGGCAGCUGUGAAUACACACUUGCUCAAGACUACUGCACAGUGCAAAGCAAUGGGACCUUUAGAGUCAUCACUGAGAACGUCCCCUGUGGAACUACAGGGACCACCUGCUCCAAGACCAUCAAAGUGUUCCUUGAGAACUCAGAGCUUACUUUGACAGAAGGAACCUACCAGAUCUCAAAUGGAAAAGAAGAUGCAACACCGUUCCAUAUCAGUACUAUGGGGAUCUACCUUGUCAUUGAAGCAAACAAUGGCCUCAUCCUAAUGUGGGACAAGAGGACCAGCAUAUUUAUUAAGCUCAGCCCAGAUUGGAAGGGUCGUGUGUGUGGUCUGUGCGGUAACUACGAUGGGAAUGCCAAUAAUGACCUGACUACAAGGAGCAAUGCUGUGGUGACCAACCCGCUGUUAUUUGGAAACAGUUGGAAGGAUUCUGCAAGCUGUCCAAAUGCCGUGGCCCCAAAGAACCCUUGUGCUAUGAAUCCUUACAGGCAGCCCUGGGCACAGAAGCAGUGCAGCAUCAUACAGAGCACAGUGUUCUCCGGCUGCCACUCAGUGGUGGAUCCAAGUCCUUACUACGAGGCCUGUGUGUUUGACUCAUGUGCAUGUGACAGCGGAGGAGACUGCGAAUGUUUCUGUACUGCUGUAGCAGCAUAUGCUCAGGCAUGCAAUGAAGCUGGAACCUGCAUACAAUGGAGAACCCCUGUGAUCUGUCCGUUAUUCUGUGACUACUAUAAUCCCCCUGGUGGAUGUGAGUGGCACUACAAGCCAUGUGGCUCACCUUGCCAGAAAACCUGCCGGAACCCCUUCGGCGGCUGCUCUACACAAAUACCUCCCCUAGAAGGUUGCUAUCCAAAAUGCCCUCCUGAGCAGCCAUUCUUUGAUGAGGACAAUAUGAAGUGUGUUCAAAAGGACCAAUGUGGUUGCUAUGAUAAGGAGCAGGGCCACUUUAACACCGGUGACACAGUGCCAACAACAAAAAACUGCAUUUCAUGCUUGUGCAACCUCAUGACUAUCCAAUGCCGCUAUGAUGUCCAAGCCUGCACCUGCACAUACAAUGGAAAGAUAUAUGGAAUUGGAGAGACUAUCUACAACACAACAGAUGGGCUUGGUUCCUGCAUUACAGCAGUGUGUUCAAAGAAUGGUACCAUUGAUAGAGAUAUUUACCAGUGCUCUACAACCACACCAAGACCAACUACCCCUAUAGCAACCAGCCACUUGACGACACCAUUUACAUUUACAACAAUCACUUCAGAACCCGUACCGUGCAGACCAUGUAAAUGGUCGGAAUGGUUUGAUACCAGCUUCCCUACGCUUGGAACUCCUGGGGGGGACUCUGAAACCUAUGAUAAGAUUCGAGCAGCUGGACACUCAAUAUGUGAUCAACCAAGUCAGAUUGAAUGCAGAGCCGAGAAGUUCCCAAACGUGACCAUGAACAAGGUGGGGCAGGUUGUGCAAUGUGAUGUGGCCCACGGACUAACAUGCAACAACCAAGACCAGGCGGGCCCGCUUGCUCUAUGCUUCAACUACCAGGUCAGAGUACUGUGCUGUGAUUAUGUUGCUUGUACUACACCCCAAAUUACAUCUAUAACUAGUGAAACUACAACACCUAUCACAGAGAGCCCGAAACCCUGUGAAACAGCAUGUGAUUGGUCAAAGUGGAUAAGCAUAGACUAUCCUGAGUAUGGAACUGGAGGGGGGGAUAUUGAAAACAUUAAGACAAUUUUUGAGAAAGGUUAUGAUACAUGCGAUGCACCAAUAGCUAUUAAGUGUCAAGCAGUACAGUUUCCAGGUGUGCCUCUCUCUGAAUUGGGACAAAAGGUAGAGUGUAAUACACAAGUUGGAUUAAUAUGUGAAAACAAAGAUCAAUCCCCACCCAUAUGUUAUGACUAUGAGAUAAAGGUGGAAUGCUGUAGGAAAGUGAAUUGCCCAACAACAAUACAAACUUCUACGCAAGAAACAACGCCUUUUUCUACCACUUCACCUACACCAGUAACACCUACUAUAACACCGGUUACAACCACACCUACAACAAGUACUACUACAACAACAACUGCACCACCUAUUACCACACCUGUUGUAACAACAACACCUACAACAACCGCGCCUACGACUACUACAAUACCCACAACUCCUUCUACAACCUCUCCUACAACGAAAACUACCCCAGUACCAAGUACUGAAACACUGGUAACAGUGACCACAUCUACAACAACUACUACCAUAACAACAACUGCAUCCCCAACUACGACAACUGUUUCGACUACACCACUUACUACCACAAGCCCAACUACUCCAAACUGUUCUGGAAUAAUGACUUGUGAUUGGUCGGACUGGUUUAAUCUUGGAGAACCAACAACUGGUCCAAAUGGUGGAGAAGAUGAAUCUAUCCAGAAGAUCAUUGCUGCUGGCCACAGCAUUUGCUCAGCCCCAGAAGAUGUUCAGUGUAGAGCUAUUUUAUAUCCCAAUCUUCCCCUCUCCGGUGUAGGACAGGCUGUUACUUGUAAUCCAGUUGUCGGUCUUGUGUGUCAAAAUAAUGAACAAGGACUCAAGCAACAGUGUUUGGAUUAUGAGAUCCGAGUCAGGUGUUGUUCAUGUCAUCACACUACAUCUACAACCUCCCCUACAACAACAAUUACGACCACAACAGUUCCACCAACUACCACCCUAGUUUCAACAACCACUCCCACAAAAACCUCUCCUUCUUCUACUACCAAACCCACAACAACGCCUUUUUCAACAACAACUCCACCACCAACUACAGCCUGUUUGGGUAUAAUGACCUGUGAAUGGUCAGAUUGGUUUAAUCUUGGAGCACCAACAACUGGUCCAACUGGUGGAGAAGAUGAAUCUAUCCAGAAGAUAAGAGCUGAUGGGCACGACAUCUGCUCAGCUCCUGAAGAUGUUCAGUGUAGAGCUACUCUUUACCCAACUCUACCAAUCAAAGAUCUUGGGCAGACCAUAACUUGCAAUUCAAGGGUUGGACUAGUCUGUGAAAACAAAAUGCAGACUUCCAAACAAGACUGUCUGGACUAUGAGAUCCGAGUUAAGUGCUGCACCUGCCGUCCGAUUACAACUACAACAACUCCUUCAAUAACAACAACUGCACCACCUAUUACCACACCUGUUGUAACAACAACACCUACAACAACCGCGCCUACGACUACUACAAUACCCACAACACCUCUCACAGAGAGCCCGAAACCCUGUGAAACAGCAUGUGAUUGGUCAAAGUGGAUAAGCAUAGACUAUCCUGAGUAUGGAACUGGAGGGGGGGAUAUUGAAAACAUUAAGACAAUUUUUGAGAAAGGUUAUGAUACAUGCGAUGCACCAAUAGCUAUUAAGUGUCAAGCAGUACAGUUUCCAGGUGUGCCUCUCUCUGAAUUGGGACAAAAGGUAGAGUGUAAUACACAAGUUGGAUUAAUAUGUGAAAACAAAGAUCAAUCUCCACCCAUAUGUUAUGACUAUGAGAUAAAGGUGGAAUGCUGUAGGAAAGUGAAUUGCCCAACAACAAUACAAACUUCUACGCAAGAAACAACGCCUUUUUCUACCACUUCACCUACACCAGUAACACCUACUAUAACACCGGUUACAACCACACCUACAACAAGUACUACUACAACAACAACUGCACCACCUAUUACCACACCUGUUGUAACAACAACACCUACAACAACCGCUAUUACAACUACUACAAUACCCACAACUCCUUCUACAACCUCUCCUACAACGAAAACUACCCCAGUACCAAGUACUGAAACACUGGUAACAGUGACCACAUCUACAACAACUACUACCAUAACAACAACUGCAUCCCCAACUACGACAACUGUUUCGACUACACCACUUACUACCACAAGCCCAACUACUCCAAACUGUUCUGGAAUAAUGACUUGUGAUUGGUCGGACUGGUUUAAUCUUGGAGAACCAACAACUGGUCCAAAUGGUGGAGAAGAUGAAUCUAUCCAGAAGAUCAUUGCUGCUGGCCACAGCAUUUGCUCAGCCCCAGAAGAUGUUCAGUGUAGAGCUAUUUUAUAUCCCAAUCUUCCCCUCUCCGAUGUAGGACAGGCUGUUACUUGUAAUCCAGUUGUCGGUCUUGUGUGUCAAAAUAAUGAACAAGGACUCAAGCAACAGUGUUUGGAUUAUGAGAUCCGAGUCAGGUGUUGUUCAUGUCAUCACACUACAUCUACAACCUCCCCUACAACAACAAUUACGACCACAACAGUUCCACCAACUACCACCCUAGUUUCAACAACCACUCCCACAAAAACCUCUCCUUCUUCUACUACCAAACCCACAACAACGCCUUUUUCAACAACAACUCCACCACCAACUACAGCCUGUUUGGGUAUAAUGACCUGUGAAUGGUCAGAUUGGUUUAAUCUUGGAGCACCAACAACUGGUCCAACUGGUGGAGAAGAUGAAUCUAUCCAGAAGAUAAGAGCUGAUGGGCACGACAUCUGCUCAGCUCCUGAAGAUGUUCAGUGUAGAGCUACUCUUUACCCAACUCUACCAAUCAAAGAUCUUGGGCAGACCUUAACUUGCAAUUCAAGGGUUGGACUAGUCUGUGAAAACAAAAUGCAGACUUCCAAACAAGACUGUCUGGACUAUGAGAUCCGAGUUAAGUGCUGCACCUGCCGUCCGAUUACAACUACAACAACUCCUUCAAUAACAACAACUGCACCACCUAUUACCACACCUGUUGUAACAACAACACCUACAACAACCGCGCCUACGACUACUACAAUACCCACAACUCCUUCUACAACCUCUCCUACAACGAAAACUACCCCAGUACCAAGUACUGAAACACUGGUAACAGUGACCACAUCUACAACAACAACUACCAUAACAACAACUGCAUCCCCAACUACGACAACUGUUUCGACUACACCACUUACUACCACAAGCCCAACUACUCCAAACUGUUCUGGAAUAAUGACUUGUGAUUGGUCGGACUGGUUUAAUCUUGGAGAACCAACAACUGGUCCAAAUGGUGGAGAAGAUGAAUCUAUCCAGAAGAUCAUUGCUGCUGGCCACAGCAUUUGCUCAGCACCAGAAGAUGUUCAGUGUAGAGCUAUUUUAUAUCCCAAUCUUCCCCUCUCCGAUGUAGGACAGGCUGUUACUUGUAAUCCAGUUGUCGGUCUUGUGUGUCAAAAUAAUGAACAAGGACUCAAGCAACAGUGUUUGGAUUAUGAGAUCCGAGUCAGGUGUUGUUCAUGUCAUCACACUACAUCUACAACCUCCCCUACAACAACAAUUACGACCACAACAGUUCCACCAACUACCACCCUAGUUUCAACAACCACUCCCACAAAAACCUCUCCUUCUUCUACUACCAAACCCACAACAACGCCUUUUUCAACAACAACUCCACCACCAACUACAGCCUGUUUGGGUAUAAUGACCUGUGAAUGGUCAGAUUGGUUUAAUCUUGGAGCACCAACAACUGGUCCAACUGGUGGAGAAGAUGAAUCUAUCCAGAAGAUAAGAGCUGAUGGGCACGACAUCUGCUCAGCUCCUGAAGAUGUUCAGUGCAGAGCUACUCUUUACCCAACUCUACCAAUCAAAGAUCUUGGGCAGACCUUAACUUGCAAUUCAAGGGUUGGACUAGUCUGUGAAAACAAAAUGCAGACUUCCAAACAAGACUGUCUGGACUAUGAGAUCCGAGUUAAGUGCUGCACCUGCCGUCCGAUUACAACUACAACAACUCCUUCAAUAACAACAACUGCACCACCUAUUACCACACCUGUUGUAACAACAACACCUACAACAACCGCGCCUACGACUACUACAAUACCCACAACUCCUUCUACAACCUCUCCUACAACGAAAACUACCCCAGUACCAAGUACUGAAACACUGGUAACAGUGACCACAUCUACAACAACUACUACCAUAACAACAACUGCAUCCCCAACUACGACAACUGUUUCGACUACACCACUUACUACCACAAGCCCAACUACUCCAAACUGUUCUGGAAUAAUGACUUGUGAUUGGUCGGACUGGUUUAAUCUUGGAGAACCAACAACUGGUCCAAAUGGUGGAGAAGAUGAAUCUAUCCAGAAGAUCAUUGCUGCUGGCCACAGCAUUUGCUCAGCCCCAGAAGAUGUUCAGUGUAGAGCUAUUUUAUAUCCCAAUCUUCCCCUCUCCGAUGUAGGACAGGCUGUUACUUGUAAUCCAGUUGUCGGUCUUGUGUGUCAAAAUAAUGAACAAGGACUCAAGCAACAGUGUUUGGAUUAUGAGAUCCGAGUCAGGUGUUGUUCAUGUCAUCACACUACAUCUACAACCUCCCCUACAACAACAAUUACGACCACAACAGUUCCACCAACUACCACCCUAGUUUCAACAACCACUCCCACAAAAACCUCUCCUUCUUCUACUACCAAACCCACAACAACGCCUUUUUCAACAACAACUCCACCACCAACUACAGCCUGUUUGGGUAUAAUGACCUGUGAAUGGUCAGAUUGGUUUAAUCUUGGCGCACCAACAACUGGUCCAACUGGUGGAGAAGAUGAAUCUAUCCAGAAGAUAAGAGCUGAUGGGCACGACAUCUGCUCAGCUCCUGAAGAUGUUCAGUGUAGAGCUACUCUUUACCCAACUCUACCAAUCAAAGAUCUUGGGCAGACCAUAACUUGCAAUUCAAGGGUUGGACUAGUCUGUGAAAACAAAAUGCAGACUUCCAAACAAGACUGUCUGGACUAUGAGAUCCGAGUUAAGUGCUGCACCUGCCGUCCGAUUACAACUACAACAACUCCUUCAAUAACAACAACUGCACCACCUAUUACCACACCUGUUGUAACAACAACACCUACAACAACCGCGCCUACGACUACUACAAUACCCACAACUCCUUCUACAACCUCUCCUACAACGAAAACUACCCCAGUACCAAGUACUGAAACACUGGUAACAGUGACCACAUCUACAACAACAACUACCAUAACAACAACUGCAUCCCCAACUACGACAACUGUUUCGACUACACCACUUACUACCACAAGCCCAACUACUCCAAACUGUUCUGGAAUAAUGACUUGUGAUUGGUCAGACUGGUUUAAUCUUGGAGAACCAACAACUGGUCCAAAUGGUGGAGAAGAUGAAUCUAUCCAGAAGAUCAUUGCUGCUGGCCACAGCAUUUGCUCAGCCCCAGAAGAUGUUCAGUGUAGAGCUAUUUUAUAUCCCAAUCUUCCCCUCUCCGAUGUAGGACAGGCUGUUACUUGUAAUCCAGUUGUCGGUCUUGUGUGUCAAAAUAAUGAACAAGGACUCAAGCAACAGUGUUUGGAUUAUGAGAUCCGAGUCAGGUGUUGUUCAUGUCAUCACACUACAUCUACAACCUCCCCUACAACAACAAUUACGACCACAACAGUUCCACCAACUACCACCCCAGUUUCAACAACCACUCCCACAAAAACCUCUCCUUCUUCUACUACCAAACCCACAACAACGCCUUUUUCAACAACAACUCCACCACCAACUACAGCCUGUUUGGGUAUAAUGACCUGUGAAUGGUCAGAUUGGUUUAAUCUUGGAGCACCAACAACUGGUCCAACUGGUGGAGAAGAUGAAUCUAUCCAGAAGAUAAGAGCUGAUGGGCACGACAUCUGCUCAGCUCCUGAAGAUGUUCAGUGUAGAGCUACUCUUUACCCAACUCUACCAAUCAAAGAUCUUGGGCAGACCUUAACUUGCAAUUCAAGGGUUGGACUAGUCUGUGAAAACAAAAUGCAGACUUCCAAACAAGACUGUCUGGACUAUGAGAUCCGAGUUAAGUGCUGCACCUGCCGUCCGAUUACAACUACAACAACUCCUUCAAUAACAACAACUGCACCACCUAUUACCACACCUGUUGUAACAACAACACCUACAACAACCGCGCCUACGACUACUACAAUACCCACAACUCCUUCUACAACCUCUCCUACAACGAAAACUACCCCAGUACCAAGUACUGAAACACUGGUAACAGUGACCACAUCUACAACAACUACUACCAUAACAACAACUGCAUCCCCAACUACGACAACUGUUUCGACUACACCACUUACUACCACAAGCCCAACUACUCCAAACUGUUCUGGAAUAAUGACUUGUGAUUGGUCGGACUGGUUUAAUCUUGGAGAACCAACAACUGGUCCAAAUGGUGGAGAAGAUGAAUCUAUCCAGAAGAUCAUUGCUGCUGGCCACAGCAUUUGCUCAGCCCCAGAAGAUGUUCAGUGUAGAGCUAUUUUAUAUCCCAAUCUUCCCCUCUCCGAUGUAGGACAGGCUGUUACUUGUAAUCCAGUUGUCGGUCUUGUGUGUCAAAAUAAUGAACAAGGACUCAAGCAACAGUGUUUGGAUUAUGAGAUCCGAGUCAGGUGUUGUUCAUGUCAUCACACUACAUCUACAACCUCUCCUACAACAACAAUUACGACCACAACAGUUCCACCAACUACCACCCCAGUUUCAACAACCACUCCCACAAAAACCUCUCCUUCUUCUACUACCAAACCCACAACAACGCCUUUUUCAACAACAACUCCACCACCAACUACAGCCUGUUUGGGUAUAAUGACCUGUGAAUGGUCAGAUUGGUUUAAUCUUGGCGCACCAACAACUGGUCCAACUGGUGGAGAAGAUGAAUCUAUCCAGAAGAUAAGAGCUGAUGGGCACGACAUCUGCUCAGCUCCUGAAGAUGUUCAGUGUAGAGCUACUCUUUACCCAACUCUACCAAUCAAAGAUCUUGGGCAGACCAUAACUUGCAAUUCAAGGGUUGGACUAGUCUGUGAAAACAAAAUGCAGACUUCCAAACAAGACUGUCUGGACUAUGAGAUCCGAGUUAAGUGCUGCACCUGCCGUCCGAUUACAACUACAACAACUCCUUCAAUAACAACAACUGCACCACCUAUUACCACACCUGUUGUAACAACAACACCUACAACAACCGCGCCUACGACUACUACAAUACCCACAACUCCUUCUACAACCUCUCCUACAACGAAAACUACCCCAGUACCAAGUACUGAAACACUGGUAACAGUGACCACAUCUACAACAACUACUACCAUAACAACAACUGCAUCCCCAACUACGACAACUGUUUCGACUACACCACUUACUACCACAAGCCCAACUACUCCAAACUGUUCUGGAAUAAUGACUUGUGAUUGGUCAGACUGGUUUAAUCUUGGAGAACCAACAACUGGUCCAAAUGGUGGAGAAGAUGAAUCUAUCCAGAAGAUCAUUGCUGCUGGCCACAGCAUUUGCUCAGCCCCAGAAGAUGUUCAGUGUAGAGCUAUUUUAUAUCCCAAUCUUCCCCUCUCCGAUGUAGGACAGGCUGUUACUUGUAAUCCAGUUGUCGGUCUUGUGUGUCAAAAUAAUGAACAAGGACUCAAGCAACAGUGUUUGGAUUAUGAGAUCCGAGUCAGGUGUUGUUCAUGUCAUCACACUACAUCUACAACCUCCCCUACAACAACAAUUACGACCACAACAGUUCCACCAACUACCACCCCAGUUUCAACAACCACUCCCACAAAAACCUCUCCUUCUUCUACUACCAAACCCACAACAACGCCUUUUUCAACAACAACUCCACCACCAACUACAGCCUGUUUGGGUAUAAUGACCUGUGAAUGGUCAGAUUGGUUUAAUCUUGGAGCACCAACAACUGGUCCAACUGGUGGAGAAGAUGAAUCUAUCCAGAAGAUAAGAGCUGAUGGGCACGACAUCUGCUCAGCUCCUGAAGAUGUUCAGUGCAGAGCUACUCUUUACCCAACUCUACCAAUCAAAGAUCUUGGGCAGACCUUAACUUGCAAUUCAAGGGUUGGACUAGUCUGUGAAAACAAAAUGCAGACUUCCAAACAAGACUGUCUAGACUAUGAGAUCCGAGUUAAGUGCUGCACCUGCCGUCCGAUUACAACUACAACAACUCCUUCAAUAACAACAACUGCACCACCUAUUACCACACCUGUUGUAACAACAACACCUACAACAACCGCGCCUACGACUACUACAAUACCCACAACUCCUUCUACAACCUCUCCUACAACGAAAACUACCCCAGUACCAAGUACUGAAACACUGGUAACAGUGACCACAUCUACAACAACUACUACCAUAACAACAACUGCAUCCCCAACUACGACAACUGUUUCGACUACACCACUUACUACCACAAGCCCAACUACUCCAAACUGUUCUGGAAUAAUGACUUGUGAUUGGUCGGACUGGUUUAAUCUUGGAGAACCAACAACUGGUCCAAAUGGUGGAGAAGAUGAAUCUAUCCAGAAGAUCAUUGCUGCUGGCCACAGCAUUUGCUCAGCCCCAGAAGAUGUUCAGUGUAGAGCUAUUUUAUAUCCCAAUCUUCCCCUCUCCGAUGUAGGACAGGCUGUUACUUGUAAUCCAGUUGUCGGUCUUGUGUGUCAAAAUAAUGAACAAGGACUCAAGCAACAGUGUUUGGAUUAUGAGAUCCGAGUCAGGUGUUGUUCAUGUCAUCACACUACAUCUACAACCUCUCCUACAACAACAAUUACGACCACAACAGUUCCACCAACUACCACCCUAGUUUCAACAACCACUCCCACAAAAACCUCUCCUUCUUCUACUACCAAACCCACAACAACGCCUUUUUCAACAACAACUCCACCACCAACUACAGCCUGUUUGGGUAUAAUGACCUGUGAAUGGUCAGAUUGGUUUAAUCUUGGAGCACCAACAACUGGUCCAACUGGUGGAGAAGAUGAAUCUAUCCAGAAGAUAAGAGCUGAUGGGCACGACAUCUGCUCAGCUCCUGAAGAUGUUCAGUGUAGAGCUACUCUUUACCCAACUCUACCAAUCAAAGAUCUUGGGCAGACCUUAACUUGCAAUUCAAGGGUUGGACUAGUCUGUGAAAACAAAAUGCAGACUUCCAAACAAGACUGUCUGGACUAUGAGAUCCGAGUUAAGUGCUGCACCUGCCGUCCGAUUACAACUACAACAACUCCUUCAAUAACAACAACUGCACCACCUAUUACCACACCUGUUGUAACAACAACACCUACAACAACCGCGCCUACGACUACUACAAUACCCACAACUCCUUCUACAACCUCUCCUACAACGAAAACUACCCCAGUACCAAGUACUGAAACACUGGUAACAGUGACCACAUCUACAACAACUACUACCAUAACAACAACUGCAUCCCCAACUACGACAACUGUUUCGACUACACCACUUACUACCACAAGCCCAACUACUCCAAACUGUUCUGGAAUAAUGACUUGUGAUUGGUCGGACUGGUUUAAUCUUGGAGAACCAACAACUGGUCCAAAUGGUGGAGAAGAUGAAUCUAUCCAGAAGAUCAUUGCUGCUGGCCACAGCAUUUGCUCAGCCCCAGAAGAUGUUCAGUGUAGAGCUAUUUUAUAUCCCAAUCUUCCCCUCUCCGAUGUAGGACAGGCUGUUACUUGUAAUCCAGUUGUCGGUCUUGUGUGUCAAAAUAAUGAACAAGGACUCAAGCAACAGUGUUUGGAUUAUGAGAUCCGAGUCAGGUGUUGUUCAUGUCAUCACACUACAUCUACAACCUCCCCUACAACAACAAUUACGACCACAACAGUUCCACCAACUACCACCCUAGUUUCAACAACCACUCCCACAAAAACCUCUCCUUCUUCUACUACCAAACCCACAACAACGCCUUUUUCAACAACAACUCCACCACCAACUACAGCCUGUUUGGGUAUAAUGACCUGUGAAUGGUCAGAUUGGUUUAAUCUUGGAGCACCAACAACUGGUCCAACUGGUGGAGAAGAUGAAUCUAUCCAGAAGAUAAGAGCUGAUGGGCACGACAUCUGCUCAGCUCCUGAAGAUGUUCAGUGCAGAGCUACUCUUUACCCAACUCUACCAAUCAAAGAUCUUGGGCAGACCAUAACUUGCAAUUCAAGGGUUGGACUAGUCUGUGAAAACAAAAUGCAGACUUCCAAACAAGACUGUCUGGACUAUGAGAUCCGAGUUAAGUGCUGCACCUGCCGUCCGAUUACAACUACAACAACUCCAAUUUCAACAAUUACACCACUUACUACGACAACUGUAACAACAACCACACCUCCUACUAUCACCUCCCCUACCUCUAAAACGAUGAGUACACCAGUGCCACCUACAAUAACACCAAUUGCAACAACCACACCUACAACUAAAACCCCUACUAUCACUACAAUGAAGAGCACACUAGUGCCACAUACGCCACCACCGGGUCCAACCACCAAACCUUCAACAACCUCCCCUACGACUCUGACAACUACAACCACUACAGUUCCGACAACACCUGCCACCACAUUGAAAACUUUACCAACAACUACGCCAAUGACCACCCCUGAAUCGGUGGUGACUCACAGCACGUCCUCGCCAACCCACGCUCCGAUCUGCGUCUGCAAAUAUAACGGCACAGCGUAUGAAGCCGGUUCCAUGAUAUACAAUGUGUCUGACCAUGGAGCCUGGUGCUAUACUGCUUACUGCAAAUAUAUCAAUAAAACCUGCCUAGUGGUGACUACAAAGCCUUCCUACUGUAAGGAAUCUACCACUGCGGUUCCAACUACAACUGAGAGCUCCACACAACAUCGGAGCUCAAGUAGGCCUUCUACAACAACCCAGCAACCAACCACAAAACCUUUUGUGGGUUGCGUUACCUGGAAUCCUCCCAAAAAGAACGGGGAGAUUUGGAAAGAGAGCGCGUGUGUUACAGCAAAAUGUUCUGAUGGUAUAGUGACCACUAACACAACAGAAUGUAAAAAACCGGAAUCGAUGGUGUGUGCUAACAACUUUAACGCUACAUUAGUUUAUGAUGAGGAUGGAUGCUGCGCCCACUAUGAAUGCCAAUGCAUCUGCUAUGGCUGGGGAGACCCCCAUUAUGUUACCUUUGAUGGAACCUACUAUGGUUUCCAAGGCAACUGUUCCUACGUGCUCGUAAAGGAGAUCCAUCCCAAAUACAACUUCAGCGUUGUGAUCGAGAACUACUACUGUGAUGCAGAAGAUGGUCUUUCCUGCCCACAGUCUUUAACUGUAUACUACCAGCAAUACACAAUCUUUAUUACCCAGAAGGACAUCAAUGGUGUUUUCAUCAACAUGGUUUUCGUGGAUGGCCUUCGUGUGAAUCCUGCAUUCAAAAAUAAGGACUUUGGUUUAGCGACCACUGGUAUAGAUACGGUGCUGUUCAUCGAAUCUAUUGGAGCUAGGAUUACCUUCUCAGGACUCAUGUUCAGCGUCAACCUACCAUAUGAUAAAUUCAACCAUAACACAGAGGGGCAGUGUGGUACCUGCGACAACAACCGAACAAAUGAUUGCAUGUUGCCCAGUGGGGAGAUUGCUUUGUCCUGUCCAUACAUGGGCCAUGAGUGGCAGCUGAACAACAGUGUGUGUGUGCAUCCUCCUACACCUACACCAUCUCCGACGACCCCUGUACCCGUUCAUCCCUGCAAGGCUUCUCUCUGUGAGAUCAUCACAAGCAGUGUGUUUGGAAAGUGCCAUAAGGUGGUUCCCUUUGAGCCAUUUAUGGUGGCCUGCACAUUUGACGUCUGCAACAUGGACAUUGACAUCAUCGGCUGCACAAGCAUACAGACCUACGCUUAUGCAUGUGCUGAAGCCGGUGUUUGCAUAGAUUGGAGGAAUGCCACUGAUGGAAUCUGUGAAUACACAUGCGGCAGUCCCAAAGUGUAUGAAGCCUGCGGCCCUUGGGUGGAGCCCACUUGUGAUUACAGAUACAAUUAUGAGUUCAUCUACAACAAGAACAUCUUUACUGCCUUGACCUCCAAGAAGUGUGAGGGGUGUUACUGCCCACCGGGAUCUGUCCAGCUCAACAUCGCCUCAAACAUAUGUGUGCCGUCUUGUGAUAUUUGUGUCUUGAAAAAUGAUGAAUGGAAGAUGGUCAAUGAGACAUGGGAACAGGGCUGUGAUGUGUGCACCUGUCGGGGCAGGGAAAACUACACGUGCCAGCAUAUUCAAUGCCCAAUACUACCACCUCUCAGUUGUGUCCAAGAGGGCCAAAUCACAGUCACAGAGACGGGGGAAUGUUGCUCCAAGCAGAAGUGCGAGUGCAAUCUACAGGAGUGCAAGCCUAUUCCCCCCUGCCCUCCUGGCUACAAUCUUACCAUACAAAUGGGAGCCUGUUGCCCCAAGCCUGAAUGUGUUCCACCGAAACCGGGAGUGUGUGUUUACGGAAACCACACGUAUCAGGUAGGUGACCAGGUGAAUGGACCUCGAUGCGAGGAAUGCAUCUGCACUGCCAUGAUCGACCACAGCACCAAACUAAACGAAGUACAAUGCAAGCCUAUACCAUGUGACACACUCUGCACCCUGGGUUAUGAGUACCAGACCAUUGCAGGCCACUGCUGUGGGAAAUGUGUCCAAACAAGUUGCAUUGCUGUGCUGCCCGACAACACCACCAACACGUUCCUGCCUGGUAGCAUUUGGACGGCACCUGGGUUCCCAUGUCUGAAGUUUGAGUGCCUGAAGAUUGCCAAUCAGUUGGUCACCAUUGAGGCCAAGAUCGUCUGUCCUCUCUACAACCCAAGCGAUUGCAUACCUGGAACUGAAACUCUCUACGAUGGAUGCUGCUAUACUUGCAUGAGACGUGACCAGUGCAACCUGACCACAACAGCCAUCACUAUUGAGAACAUGGGCUGCCUCUCAAAGGAGCUUAUAAACAUGACAUCCUGUGGUGGAGCCUGUGGAACCUUCACAUACUACUCUUCCCAGAGGAGGUCCCUGGAGCAUACCUGCACCUGCUGUCGAGAGAUGUCGACAUCCGAGCGCACGGUCCGCCUGAUCUGCCCCGACAGCACCGAGGUGGAUUUCACGUACGACCACAUCAACACCUGUGGAUGCUUGAAGACGGAGUGCACCGCCGCGGGGCGCACCGCCUCGCCAGGGGUGUUGAAGUCCAGCCGACGGAGGAGAUGAGGGAGCGACCACAGUACACCACCUCACAGAACCAAAUCUAUGGCCUAUUCAUUUUUGUUUGCAUUAAGCGAAACACCAACAUAUUAUAUACUUUUCGGAAGCCAUCAAGUGUGUUGAAAUACAAAUCUAUGUAUAGUCUCGCAGUUAUGCGAUGUUAUUGUUAGAUUUCAUUAUUGUCAUUUUCGUUUUUUCUUCAUUAUGUGCAACAAUUAAACCCACUCAAUGCAACUCAUUGUGCUUCCGUCUAUUUUUAUUUUGCGUGUGUGGUUCAUGUUUGUUUGUGUGUCUGUGUGUGUUUAAAUGCAUUAAAUCAACAAUUGCAGACUUUC